AGUUCAGUUGAUUACAGGAGUUCUCGAUAGAUGGUCACGGGAGUAGGUCUGUUGUGGCAAUUCCGGUUUUUUUCUGUUGCUCAUCGUGGAAAUGUGAUAAUUUAGUGAAAGAAGGAAGUAAGGAAAACUCCGUUUUGCAUCGAACAAAGCAAGCGUGAAGCGUGGAAAUCUGUGAUGAAAAAAAGUGACCGACUGCAUGCUGGCUCUCUGUAGUUUGCUUGGAUUAGUUCAACGAUUUGAAUUCAAAUAACAAAAAAUCGAGUGCGAUUACAUAGGGUAAAACUGAACCUAGGUGAGAUUGUGUUACUAUCGGUGGUACGAGUCUGUGAUACCUUAGUGCCAUAUGUGCAAGUAUGAAUGAAGUGCACAUGCAAAAUAAUAUUGAAUGGUGAUUAGUUGCUGCCACUACUCAGUCCGCAGUCUAAUUGGUGAGAGGCUACUAGAUUGAAGUCACCGCGGUCGUGCAUUCAGAAGUUGUCUGCUAGCUACAAUCAAUUGGUAAAGCACGAGGUGUUUUCUUUCAUCGGUAUAAAAACACAAAUUGUGAGAGUAGAGAGGAAAAAAAUUGCUACUUCCACUUCAGCAAAUUUGGAUUAUUUUUAUUUUCGAUACCCGAAAUACUUCUCUGCUAGCUGCAAAGGGGAAACCGGGUCAACUGCCACCAGCCGCACUGGUUGAAAAGCUGAACAAGCACAAUCGGCCUUCGAUAAAGGCUGAUCAACAAGCGGAAUGAAAUCAUUGCACGACAUGGACACCGGGGGAUACAUUAACGAAGAUGAUGAAUUGGAGCCGGUUAUGGAAGAUGAAGGAGGUCAGCUGAAAAGCAAAAACGGUCAGAAAUACAUCAUCAACAAUUCACCCCGCGGAAAGUACGUCCCGAGUUGGUGCUUGUACUUCACCUUGUUCCUUGUCACUGCACUGACACUUCUUUCGAUCGUCCUGCUGGUGCUAUUGAUUAAUCAACCCCGAUUACGUACUCACGAUAACGGGCAUUCUAAUGAAAAUUCCUCAAUAAUCAAUACUGGAGCGAUCUUCAACUCAUUGAGUAGUAAUGGUGCGGGUAUGGUUGGGAAUGGUAUGUCGAAAAAAUGUUCCCACGAUCCUCGACUGAACAUCCAUCACAGUACGAUGACACGAGACCGAAGUGAUGAUGAUAAAGGCGAUAACGAGGGCUUAUUUUCGGAGGAAGAAGACGAGCAGGACAUAAUUUCGCGAAGUUUCGGCUGGUCACCUCUCCAUUACAAACUAACAAUUGAACCAAAUUUUGAACGUUCCAUCAACAAUGGCACAGUAGUGAUUCACAUAAUCCGAGACUCUCACGAGGAAGAUGAACUGCCACCCAUUGUUUUGGAUAUGAAUCACAUUACAAUUCAUUUAUCGCAAGUGCUGGAUGUCGAUAACCAGGAUGUAGCAUUCGAUGCUGGAUAUGGUCGCAAUAACCAAUCGUAUGUGAUCCGGGUCAAAGAGCGAGGUGAAAACCUACGGAACAUAACCGUCAUAUUGGACUUUGAAAGUCAACUUAGCGAUACAUUGCAAGGAUUCUACAAAGGAUUCUUUCUUGAGGAAGGUACCGACGAGAAGAAUUGGUUUGCGAGUACUCAGUUUUCGCCAAUCGAUGCUCGGCGAGCUUUUCCUUGCUUCGACAGUCCGGACAUGAAGGCAACAUUUGAGGUGUCUUUGGUUCAUUCUGUUGAUAAAACCAUGUUUCUCUCCAAUAUGGAACAUGUCAGGACUACCGUUGUCCGUCCGGGAUAUCUGAAGGAAGAUUUUGAGAUUACACCACGGAUGAGCACCUACCUCGUAGCAUUUAUCGUAUCAAACUUACAACUGGCACAACGCUCGGAAGGGUUCAGUCCACAGAUCAAUAUCUGGAGUCGACCGGAAGUCAGUCGAAUGACGAGUUACGUGCACAGGCUGACCGUGCGCAUUCUACCCUACUUAGAGCGAUACUUUGACCUCAAGUUCAACAUGAAGAAAAUCGAUAUGGUAGCAGUGCCAGACUUUGGAUUCAGUGCAAUGGAAAACUGGGGUUUGAUAACAUUCCGGGAGUCGGCUUUCUUAGUUCCCGAGGACAACAACAAAAGUUCAUCGGCCAAGCAUAAGGAACGUGUUGCAUCAGUGGUAGCACAUGAAUUGGCUCACCAGUGGUUCGGAAAUCUGGUAACUCCCCGAUGGUGGAACGAUCUUUGGCUUAAGGAAGGAUUUGCUACUUACAUGAGCUACGAGUGUUUAAACUUUGCUGAGAAAAAGUGGCAUGUGUUUGAAACGUUUGUCCAGAACGAACUUCAGAAGGCUUUCGAGAAGGAUUCCGAUCGCAAUUCACACCCGAUUUCUUUUCCCGUUAAUCGUGGUUCGGACAUCCGCCGGAUUUUUGAUCCCAUAUCGUACUCUAAAGGGGCUUCGAUUAUCCGAAUGAUGAGUAGCUUCCUUGGUCAGGAAGCCUUCAAAACAGGAAUAACAGAAUAUCUGAAAAAGUACCAGUACGACAAUGCCGAACAGGAAAACUUAUGGGAGAUUCUAACGCUUCACGGUCAUGAUUUCGGCACUCUCCCGAUCACGUUGGAUGUCAAGCAGAUAAUGGACACUUGGACGUUGCAGCCCGGAUAUCCGGUAAUCUCGGUUGAGCGAAUCAGCGAUCAAAUGAUAAGGGUUUCCCAGCAACGGUACAUGCUUCCUACGAAAAAUGCUACCGACGAUACUCGGUGGUACGUUCCGAUCACCAUCGUUACGAAGUCAUCUCCCGCAGCUAGCGCUAUUCCGCAAUUGUGGCUUAACUAUGACAACCAAAGUAUCGAUGUAGUAAUUCAGGCAGAACCGGAAGAUUUUGUUUACUUGAAUGUGGAUCGAACCGGUUAUUACAGAGUGAAUUAUGACUACGCAUCGUGGAAAAAAUUAACCACUAACUUCCCGAGCCUACCGGCAUUGACUCGAUCGCAAUUGGUUGACGAUGCAUUCAAUCUCGCUCGUGCCGAAUUCAUAGAAUACGACAUCCCAUUGACUUUGAUUCUAAUCGUCUCACAAUUCCCACAAGACAUCCCUGCAUGGGCUUCUCUCAGCAAAGGUUUAGAUUAUCUAAGUGACAUGAUGGCUCGGGAACCGGCAUAUGAGAGUUUCCUAGCAGUGAUGAGAUCAGCUCUAAGAAAGUCCUUUGAACAGCUCGGUUUUGAGGAUCGUUUGGAUGACGAUCACCUGCAGAUGAUGCAUCGGGAAAGGAUUGUUGGUUUGGCCUGUCAAUUUGGAAUCGACAAAUGUUCCGUCCGUGCGCAAACACUAUUCCGACGAUGGAUGACUGACUUCAAGGAUAAUCAGAUACCACCCAACCUCAAGCAGGUUAUUUACUGCACAUCCUUGAGGGAUGGAGGCGUACCGGAGUGGAACUUUGCGUACAAACGGUAUAAGGAAACGGAUUCUGCCUCAGAGAAAGAGCUGAUCCUAAACGCUCUAGGUUGUUCAGUAAAACCGUGGUUGCUUUCAAAGUAUCUUAACAUGACUUUGGAUCCUUCAUCCGGCAUCCUCAAGCAGGAUGGUGCAAGAGCCUUCCAAUCGGUGGCGAAGAACUACGCUGGAAAUGACCUUGCCUUUAAUUUCUUGUACGAAAACAUUGAACGAAUUGUCAAAUACUUCGGGGAUGGAUUUUCGACGCUCAACAAAAUGAUAGACUCUGUCACUUUGUUGAUGAACCAAAAACAUCACCAAGAGCAGUUUGAUCGGUUUGCUCGUAAGGCACGUAAACUUGGAUUGCGAACAAUAGAAAAGAGUGUAUAUUUGGCGGAAGAGCAAAUUCUCAACAAUAUUCACUGGCGAUCCCGAUCGUACCACAAGCUGCAAGAAUUUCUCGAUAAACUGAUUCGAGAUAUGCACAUGAAUAUGUACUAGAGGCCACAGAGAAGCAGCUCUAGUUCUUCCAAUUAAAACCAGUCAAAGUUCCAACUAUCUAAAAUUGCAUUGAAUAAAGGUGUAUGUACAUAUUAUUGUUAGGCAAACGAACCGUUUCAAAGCAAAUCUAACGGUCCUAUUGAAUUAGCCUCGCAAAUUUAGGUAACGAAAAAUUCUUGGCGUUUACUAUUAUAGAUAGUGUAACCUCAGAGUUCAUAAACGUGCGAAGGCAUCCUGCUUUUACAAGGUACUAUAUUUCUAAAUUUUGAAAAGAAAACAACGGAUUUUCUGGCUGUGUAUUUGUAAAUUUUUAGUUACACCAUCAUGCUAAUUAAAUUUUGAUCGAAUCGCUAUUCAUAGUAUUUCAUAUUAGGUGAAUUUCGAUUUAGUCAUUUGUCAGUAUUUAUUAAAUUAAUUAUCUAAUAAUUUAUACGAAAGUCCGAAAAUUACCAGGAUGAGAAUAGUCUGCUAGCAUACUAAGUUUCUCAAAGAAAUAGAUUUAGAUAUAUUUGCCAUAUUUUUUUAAAGUAGUUUAUGAUAGAGGAUUUAAAAAAAGUUUAACGAUACAGAAAACUGCCCGCCAACCAACCGAGCUGCGAAAAAUAAGUGUCUUAAUUUUUAAGAAGUUUUAAUGAAGUAAAAUAACAGCGCUACAUGCAGCACAUGCCUUGGAAAAUAUUAAUAAAAUGCAGCUGUUAUCCAUGAAAAGUUUAUGAAAUACUACGAGUUUUAAACACAAAUUUCAACGAA